AUGUCGACGCUGAAAGGACACUGCAACUGUGGAGCGCUCGAGUACUCACUCGAAGCGACGCCCGCUAAUCUUUGCCUCUCGGCCUUCUGCCACUGCACGCAGUGUCAACGGAUAAAUGGUGCGCCUUACGUUUGGACGACGCAUUGGAAGAAGGAAGCCGUCACGUGGUCUUCUCCGUCGGCUGCGGGAUCCAAUAAGACAGUCGAUGCUCAGGCUGAAAAGGUCUUUGGAGCUGGUGUGACCACUGGCCAGCUUUACGAAUCGGUUGCAGGACGAAAGUGGAAGUUGCGUUGUUCGGAAUGCGGUAACCCGAUGGGAACGUGGAACGAAGCCAAGCAGCAAUGGUCUCUGUGGCCAAGCACCCUCGCUCGUCCCGCUGGUGAUAAGUCCGGACUGGAGGGCAUCGAACACUUGGCUGCUACAGCACACAUGUUUUACGGUUCGUGGAAGCUCGUCACUGUCACGGACGAUCUGCCCAAAUUCGUCGGAUACCCUUCCGAAUCACAGCAAGUGGAUCGUAACGCCGAACCGCUUCCUGCCAACUUUAACACGAAUGAUUUCAACCCGCACGAUCCGCGGGACAUGGUCGGAUACGGUCACACACUUCCACACCCGCAGUGGCCCAACAAGGCACGUAUCGCCAUCUCCUUUGUGCUCAACUACGAAGAAGGUGGUGAGAACAUUACGCUCAACGGCGAUACAUACGCCGAGCAGUACUUGACAGAGUACGGUGCGGCGAACGGACACAAGCCUCCAGCCAACGUGAGGAACUUAAGUGUCGAGUCAGCCUACGAGUUUGGCUCGCACCGCGGAUUCUGGAGGAUUUUGGAUCUAUUCAAACGCAAUGGAUUGAGGUUUACGAGUUGGUCGGUGGGCAGAGCGGUGGAGCAGAACCCGGCGGCAGUCAAGGCAAUGGAGGAAGCAGGCUGCGAAGUGGCAAGUCAUUCUUACCGAUGGUUUGACCAUUCGUUGAUGAGUCAGGAAGAGGAACGACAUCAGAUCCAGUCGGCGAUCAAAGCGAUCAAAGAGGCCAGUGGUCAAUCUCGUGAGCCUAGAGGAUGGUAUACCGGACGACAAUCCAUCAACACUCGAAGACUGGUGUACCAGGUUUACAAGGAGAUGGGACUCGAAAAGGAACUGUAUGACUCGGAUGCAUACGACGAAGAUCUGCCAUACUGGGUUCCCGCCCCAGACGGAACGCCCGAUGAACACCUGCUUGUCAUUCCUUACACGCUAGACAACAACGACAUGCGAUUCGCCAUCACGCCCGGAUUCUUCAACUCGGAAAGUUUCGCAACCUACCUCAUCGACGCUUUCGAGACGUUGGUCAGCGAGACUUUCUUGCCCGAGCAAAACCCGAACUCAGUUCCCAAGAUGAUGAGCAUCGGAUUGCAUUGCAGAGUGGUGGGCAGACCAGGUAGAUUCCAAGGUCUGCAGAGGUUCGUUGAUCACGUACAGAAGAGGAACAAGGAGUUGUUGGAGCAGGGCGGCGGACAAGGCGGUGUAUGGGUCGCGACCAGGGAGGAAAUCGCCAACCACUGGAGGAAGACUCAUCCUCCCACCAAGAAGCACGCUUGA